AUGAUGGACAUGAAGAAGAAAGAGGGCACGCGCUGGCUCGACCAGCCGGUGAUGCUUCAUUCAUCUCGAGUUGACCACUGCAAAUUGACGAAGGCUCAAUGUCUCUAUCGUAACUACUCCUGGAGAUAUUGGUAUGAAGCCGACCAUGUCUAUUCACUGAAUACCGUCUACUUCAUGUGUGCAGUGAUUGCAGUCUUCGCCAUAGCGAACGUGCUGGUUCGAGUCACUCCAGACAGAGUGAAACGGACCCGAGUAUGGCGCAAGUUCACUUCCAUCUCGCGAUACCUGUCUUAUCAUGGGUAUAGAUGGCCUGCGUUACGAUAUUGGUCUCCGGCAUUGGGGGUGGUGAUAUUGGGUGUCGUGGGCGCCGUCUUCUUCUUGGCAAUGACACUUGGUCCGCAGCCUUACUACUGGCCGACAGAUGCUUCAUAUGGAAGUAGUCCUCCGAUUGCCACUCGCUCGGGCUGGAUGGCCCUGGCACUGCUUCCAUUUGUGCUGGCAUUGAGCACAAAAGCCAAUAUGAUCUCCGGCUUGACCGGAAUUCCACAUGAGAAGCUGCAGGUAUUCCACCACUGGACUAGCUAUACGAUGUUCGUGUUGGCUCUGGUCCACACGUUUCCCUACAUCAUAUAUCAUAUCGGGAAGGGGGAUAUGAUGCAUCAGUGGAAGACUAGUGUGGUAUACUGGACAGGAGUCGUUGCUUUGAUCACGCAGACAUAUCUGACUCUCAUGUCAUUACCAUUCAUUCGCAAUCGAUUCUACGAGUUCUUCAAGGCAACACACAUCUUCAUGGCGGUGGUAUUUGUCAUCUUCUUCUUCCUUCACUGUGAUUUCCGGCUCUCUUCCUGGGAUUACUUCAUUGCUGCAGGGGUCAUCUACUUCGUUUCUCUGAUAGUUGCCCACACCCGAACCUAUAUACUGCACGGCCUUCACACCGCAACCCUCGAAGUCCUCCCCAGCGGCCUAAUCCGGGUCGCAGUCCCAUCAAUCAUCCAAUGGACACCCGGCCAGCACGUCUUCGUGCGCUUCCUAACAUCCGACCUACACCUCCUUACCGCCCAUCCAUUCACCAUCUCAUCCGCCUGCCGCAACCCAGAUGAAACAGGCAAAGCCUCCGAACUAAUCUUCUACAUCAAACCCCGCCGCGGUAUCACAGGACGCCUCAAAGCAAUGGCGUCCAAAAAUCCCGGCUGCUCCAAGAAAAUCCUAAUAGAAGGACCCUACGGCGGCGUCAGCGAACCUCACAUGGCGCAUUUCGACACAAUCCUCGUAAUCGCCGGCGGCUCAGGAGGCGGCUUCUCACUAGCAAUGGUCGACGAAGCGCUACGCCUAACGGGGCUGCACUCACCAGCCGAGAAACGAUCCUCCACCCGUCGAAACCUGCAAGUCGUCUUUUCCACACGCGACCACGUCAUGGCAGACUGGUACAUUGAAGAGAUAGAAUCCCGACUUUCCGCAUCCACCAUGCUAUCCUCGUCAGAUAGCGGGUUCCAGACGACCGUAUCGGUGCAUGUUACAGGCGCACGAAACUCUGGUAUCUCCUCUGCCUCGGAGUCGGACGAUGUCAACAACACGAGUAAGGCACCGCAGCCGGAUAUUACUACCACCAGGAAUUUCAGUCUAGAUGUCCACCGCAAUGCUCGGGCUGAUCUUCCUGGAAUGGUUGCGCGUACUGUUGCUAUGGCCCAUGCUCAGGGCGUGCAGGUUGGGCAGAAGCAGCGUGUUGGGGUUUUGGUUUGUGGUCCUGCCUCUAUGCUGCAUGAUACGAGGAAUGCGGCGGCUCUUGCGCAGGCUAGGGUAUUUGCUGGGGAGAUUGAGGAGCUGUAUCUGCAUUCGGAACCUUUUGUGUGGUGA